GUAGGGUUUAGGCUUCUUCACAGAAUCUGAACGACGGCGAACAAUCUAUGUUCCACAUGAACGCACAGAGCUCAUUGUCUCACUGAACUUGCCGACGGAACAACAUUCACGAUUUACCAUACAUUUAAGAGAUGAGACAUUUGCGAAGUAUUUCCUCUCAUUUAUCGUGGGUUCGCAGAACUUUCGCUCACAACUCUGCCUCUGAUUCUCCGUCUACUUGCAAUUUAAAUCUUCUAGGGUUGGAAAGAUUGACAUCGUUUUCAUUGCUGAAUCACCGGAAUUACACUGUUGCUUCACCGGAAUCAAAACCAGCCCCUUCAGAGAGAGUUACGGCCAUUGUGGAUGAGAUCUCCGGUCUCACGCUACUUGAGGUUGCAGACCUUACGGAGGUUCUUCGAGAAAAGUUGGAUGUGAAGGAUAUGCCGGUAAUGGCGGUGAUGAUGCCGGGGAUGGGGUUUGGCGGCUUGCAAAACGCUGGCAAGGGUGGUUCUGGGGCGAAAGGCGGUGAAGAGAAGAAGGCGGAGAAGACAGCGUUUGAUGUGAAGCUUGAAGCUUUUGAUGCUGCGUCGAAGAUCAAGGUCAUUAAGGAAGUGCGAAUGUUUACGAAUUUGGGAUUGAAGGAAGCUAAGGAUUUGGUGGAGAAGGCGCCAACGCUUCUAAAGAAGGGGGUGACGAAAGAGGAAGCUGAUACGAUUAUUGCCAAGAUGAAGGAGGUUGGCGCCAAAGUUUCAAUGGAGUGAGGAUACUGCGGAAAAUACAAAGCUUUUAUGGCACUUUUCAAGUCAGAACAGCAGUUGAAGAUAUAUAAUACCAUUGAGUCUUGAUAAUUCAUUUGGCCUGGGAUGAGGACAUGGGAUUGUUUGGGUUCCUUCAAAACAUAUGGAGCCUUCCUUAUUAGAACUUUCCAUAUUUUUGCCUCUCGACCUGGAAUUGUAUGGGUGGAUGAUAGAGAGACAUUUCUUGGUACUUGCCUUUUGUAUUCAUAGCUUCCCAAUAACUUAAAACACCGUCCCUUCAAGAACAGAGUUCUCUACGAUGAGUUAUUUUUGUAUUCUAAGACACCAUCCUCUUAAUGCAACUUUGUAAAACUCAAAA